AUGGGAGAUAUAAAGAGGCAGAAGAUGGAUACAGGGAAUCCAUUAGAAGGACUCACACCGAGAGCUGUGUCUGCUAAACAAGUGGAUGGAGUUAUGGAAGGCACGAAUAAUCCAUUUAAUGGCCAGGAAUUCACCAGCCAAUAUAAAUCCAUUCUACAAGGCAGGAAACAACUCCCAGUUUUCAAUCAAAUGCAGGAAUUCUACGAUAUUUUCAAUAAAAAUCAAAUGAUGGUUAUGAUUGGUGAAACUGGGUCUGGAAAAACCACUCAAAUCCCUCAAUACGUCGCUUACUCAGAUUUUGCACACACCAAAGGUAAAAUGAUCGCCUGCACUCAACCACGUCGUGUUGCUGCUAUGAGUGUGGCUAAGAGAGUGGCUGAUGAAAUGGAUGUCUCCCUUGGUGAACAAGUCGGUUAUUCGAUUAGAUUUGAGGACUUGACAACUCCAGGUACAACUUUCUUAAAGUACAUGACUGAUGGUAUGCUCUUAAGAGAGGCUAUGAAUGACAACACCCUCUCACGCUACUCAACUAUCAUUCUCGAUGAGGCUCACGAACGUACUCUCGCAACUGAUAUCCUUAUGGGUCUUUUAAAGGAAAUUGUUCCUCGCAGACCUGAUCUUAAAUUGGUUGUCAUGUCUGCAACCCUUGACGCUCUCAAAUUCCAAAACUAUUUCAACAACGCGCCACUUUUAAAGGUCCCUGGUAGAACUUUCCCCGUUGAAACCUAUUACACCGAAGAACCUGAAACUGAUUACGUUGAAUCUGCAAUCAGAACUGUUCUCAUGAUCCAUCAAGCUGAGGAUCCUGGUGAUAUUCUUGUUUUCCUGACUGGUUCUGAAGAAAUUGAAGACGCUUGCCGUAAAAUCAAACUCGAGGGUGACGAAUUGGAACGCAACUAUAAAGGUGCCGUCGGUCCUCUCCUCGUCGUCCCUCUGUACUCCUCUCUCCCUCCACAACAACAAACAAGAAUUUUCAACGACGCCCCUGAACCACGUCAACCAGGUGGUGCUCCUGGACGCAAAGUUGUUGUAUCCACAAACAUUGCCGAAACAUCCCUCACCAUCGACGGUAUAGUUUAUGUCGUAGAUCCUGGCUUCUCCAAGCAAAAAGUUUACAAUCCUCGCAUCAGAGUGGAGUCUCUACUCCCUACCCCUAUUUCUAAAGCUUCAGCACAACAGAGAGCUGGUAGAGCAGGGCGUACGCGACCAGGCAAGUGUUUCAGGCUGUACACGGAGAACGAUUUUGUGUCUCAGCUGCAAGAGCAGACGUAUCCGGAGAUCCUGCGGUGCAACCUCGCCAACACGGUGCUAGAAUUGAAGAAGCUAGGCAUAAACGACCUUGUUCAUUUCGACUACAUGGAUCCACCUGCACCUGAGACAGUAAUGCGAGCGCUCGAGCUACUCAAUUACCUUGGGGCGUUUGAUGACGAGGGCAAUCUUACACCACUAGGAGCCAUCAUGGCUGAGUUCCCACUCGACCCGCAGCUUGCCAAGAUGUUGAUAGUGAGUCCGGAAUUCAAGUGCAGUAACGAGAUACUUUCUCUCGCUGCUAUGCUCUCCGUUCCUAAUGUCUUUCUGCGUCCCGAGAGUCAGCGGAAAGAAGCGGACGACGCCAAAGCGCAGUUCACACAUCCAGACGGCGACCAUCUCACCUUGCUCAACGUCUUCCACGCCUUUAAGGCGAAUAAUGGAGAUGGAAAUUGGGCUUGGAAUAACUACUUGUCACACCGUGCGUUGAUAAGCGCCGACAAUGUCCGCUUGCAAUUGAAGCGCACUAUGGAACGCUUCAAUCUCGAUCUCAUCUCUACAGCGUUCGAGGAUAAGCACUAUUACACUAACAUACGUAAGGCUGUUGUGUGCGGGUAUUUCAUGCAGGCAGCUCACAGAGAAGGCGCGAAAGGUAACACCUACCUUACUAUUAAGGACCAGCAGGUCGUCAGUCUCCAUCCCUCCACCGGCUUAGACACGUCGCCCGAAUUUGUCGUAUAUAAUGAGUUCGCUCUUACCACCAAGAACUUCCUAAGAACCGUCUCGGCUGUGAAACCGGAAUGGCUGCUCAGCUUGGGCGGUGAAUACUUUAACCUGCGCACCUUCCAAGACGGCCCGCUCAAGCGUGCGCUGAUGCAUGCUGCUGAAAAGAGAGCCGGCAAGAAGGACGACAAGAAAAAGCGUGGUGGUAAGUAA